GAAAAAUUUAAAAGAUCUCUCGUGACCCCCACUGUCUUCUUUCUCCCUCCUUCUACUCGACAUCAGCUCUCUCUCUCUCUCUAGCACGUCAAGAAGCUCUUUUCCCUUGGACAUUCAUCAGAUUCCGGUGAACAUUAUUUCGCUUCCGUAUGAUUGAAGUUCUUGGAGUUCGAUGCUGUCAAUUGAUUUUUUGGAGCAAAUUCUGACAGAUCUCAAGUGUUUGUGCAAUCGAUAGAAGAGCAGCUGUAGAUUUGAAUUAGACACUUCCCUGUGUUUCUCGGGAAAUGCCAUCCGAUAUGGCACAAAACUUGAGAUCAAGCAGGUCUUCAUUUGGCUCUAGCAAUGGAUAUGAUGCCCCUUCAAACAGCUCGUUUGCCAUCUCAAAUGCCGAAGAUUAUGAUUCCGAUGGUUCUAAUUUUGCCCCACCUACGCCGAACACUCUGUCUUCAGUCAUGCCGCCCGAACUUGCUGGUGCUAUACCAUUGAUCGACAAGUUCCAGGUGGAGGGGUUUUUGAGGGCUAUGCAGAAGCAGAUACACUCUGCUGGUAGACGUAGCUUCUUCUCGAAAAAGACAGUGGGAACACAUGUCCGACAGAAGUUUAACUUCGAGGACAUGUUGUGCUUCCAAAAGGAUCCUAUACCAACCUCAUUGCUUAAGAUAAAUAGUGAUCUCAUCAGCAGAGCAGUUAAAAUGUUCCAGGUUAUCCUGAAGUAUAUCGGGGCUGACUCUUCCGAAAGAGCCACUCCAGCUAGCUUAGAUGAACGCAUUGAACUCAUCAGCAAACUAUACAAACAUUCUUUGAAGCGGUCUGAACUACGGGAUGAGCUCUUUAUGCAAAUCUCGAAGCAGACAAGAAACAAUCCCGACAGGCGCUCAUUGAUUAAGGCAUGGGAGCUCAUGUAUUUGUGUGCGUCUUGCAUGCCUCCUGGAAAGGAGAUCGGUGGCUAUUUGUCCGAAUAUGUGCAUUCCGUGGCACAUGGUAGCAAUAGCGAUGUUGAAGUUCAAGUCCUUGCAAUGAAUACAUUAAAAUCAUUGAAGUGUUCGGUGAAAGCCGGACCAAGGCAUACAAUACCCGGACGUGAAGAGAUUGAUGCUGUUUUGACCGGUAAAAAGCUUACGACUAUAGUGUUCUUCUUGGAUGAAACCUUUGAAGAGAUUACAUACAACAUGGCCACUACUGUAGCUGAUGCCGUUGAGGAGCUGGCUGGAAUUAUCAAACUAUCAGCAUAUUCUAGCUUCAGUUUGUUCGAGUGUCGUAAGGCUGUUGUUGUUUCAAAGUCAUCUGACCCAGGAAACGAGGAGUAUAUUGCUUUAGAUGAUAAUAAAUAUAUUGGAGAUCUACUCACGGACUUUAAGGCGUCGAAGGACAGGAGUAAAGGAGAGAUUUUGCACUGUAAACUUACAUUUAAAAAGAAGUUGUUCCGGGAGUCUGAUGAAGCUGUUACAGACCCAAUGUUCGUGCAGUUAUCAUAUGUCCAACUCCAACAUGAUUAUGUAUUAGGCAAUUAUCCUGUUGGAAAGGAUGAUGCUGCUCAGUUAUCCGCUCUGCAAAUUUUGGUUGAAAUUGGAUAUGUUAUUUCUCCAGAGACUUGCACUGAUUGGAUGUCCCUUCUGAAAAGGUUCCUCCCUAGGCAAAUUGCAAUCACUCGAGCAAAAAGAGACUGGGAAUUAGAUAUUCUUUCUCGUUACCGCUCAAUGGAGAAUUUGACAAAAGAUGAUGCUAGGCAACAAUUCUUACGUAUCUUGAGAACGCUUCCUUACGGAAACUCAGUGUUCUUUGCUGUCCGUAAGAUUGAUGAUCCCAUCGGGCUCUUGCCAGGCAAGAUUGUUUUAGGCAUUAAUAAGCGGGGGGUUCAUUUCUUCCGCCCAGUCCCAAAGGAAUAUCUCCAUUCAGCCGAGUUGAGAGAUAUAAUGCAAUUUGGAAGCAGUAAUACGGCCGUUUUUUUCAAGAUGAGAGUUGCUGGUGUCUUGCAUAUAUUUCAGUUCGAAACGAAGCAGGGGGAGGAAAUCUGUGUGGCCCUUCAGACACAUAUAAAUGAUGUAAUGUUACGCCGCUACUCAAAAGCACGUGCUGUUGCUCAUGGAGCAAUUAAUGGGCAUUCGUCUGAUAUUGUUCGACCUACUAUAGACAUCAGUGAGAAUCGUUUUUCAGACAUGUCAAAAUCUCUUCAAGAAUCAGAAAAUAAAGUCAACCAAUUGGAAGAACAGUUGCAUCAAAAGCAAAAUCAAGAACUGCAAAUGAAAGAAGAUAUUGAGAGUUUGAAGGGCAUGCUGCAGUCUGAGAAAAGGUAUUUAGAAGAAAUAAUUUCUGAACGUGACAAAUUGCGAGCUUCAUGUGACGAAAAAGAUUCAGCACUGCAGGCAGCAUUUAUGGAGAAACAGAACCUAGAAAUGAAGUUUGCAAAGCUGAAUAGUCAAGGAUUGGGGAGCAAUAUCAAGAAAGAGUUGGUUGAAACAAAUAAUCAGGUUCUGCGUAAGACUCAGGAUGAACUAAAAGCACGUAAUGCAGAGUUGCUUGUUGUAGAAGAAUCUAAAAGGAAAAUUGUAAAUGAAAAGACAUUGCUCGAAGAAAGACUUUCUAGACUUGAGAAGAAGUAUGUUGGCGAGAUUGCUCUUAUCGAGGAAAGGUUUGAACAUGAACGCAAGACUAUGAAGCUUCAGAUUACGGAGCUUGAAAAGAAGUUGGAAGACACCACACAAAACUUAAUUGUCGCACAAUCUGCCAUUGCCCUCAAGGACAAAGAUUUGUCUGCCUUGCAUAAUAAUCUCAAGGAACUCGAGGAGCUUAGAGAAAUGAAAGAGGAUAUCGACAGAAAAAAUGAGCAAACGGCUGCAAUAUUGAAGAUGCAAGGGGCUCAAUUAGCUGAGAUGGAGGCACUAUACAAGGAAGAACAAGUUAUGAGAAAACGGUAUUUUAACAUGAUGGAAGAUAUGAAGGGUAAAAUACGUGUAUAUUGCCGUUUAAGACCCCUAAGUGAAAAAGAAAUGUGUGCAAAGGAGAGAAAUGUGCUUGCAAAUGUUGACGAGUUCACAGUAGAGCAUAUGUGGAGAGAUGAUAGAAUAAAGCAACAUAUGUAUGACCGUGUUUUUGAUGGCCAAGCCUCGCAAGAGGAUGUUUUUGAGGAUACUAAGGCAUGUUCAAUAAAAUUUAAUUUUGUUUACCUGUACUUAGUACAAUCGGCUGUUGAUGGAUACAAUGUAUGCAUAUUUGCAUAUGGACAAACUGGUUCGGGAAAAACAUUCACGAUUUAUGGAUCCGAGAGCAAUCCUGGGCUCACUCCACGGGCUAUAUCUGAACUCUUUAGAAUCAUAAAACAUGAUAGUAAGAAAUUUUCAUUUACUUUGAAGGCAUACAUGUUGGAAUUAUAUCAAGACACCCUAAUUGAUCUCCUUCUGCCAAAGAAUGCUAAACGUUCUAAACUGGACAUAAAAAAAGAUUCGAAGGGGAUGGUAGCUGUGGAAAAUGUAACAAUAUUAUCCAUAACGUCUUAUGAUGAGCUGAGAAGUAUUAUUGAGAGAGGAUCUGAACAACGUCAUACAACUGGAACCCUGAUGAAUGAACAGAGCUCAAGAUCGCAUUUGAUACUCUCUAUUGUUAUAGAGAGCACAAAUCUUCAAACCCAAUCUGUUGCCAGAGGGAAGCUAAGCUUUGUGGAUCUUGCUGGAUCCGAGAGGGUGAAAAAAUCGGGCUCUUCCGGUAGUCAACUAAAAGAAGCCCAAAGCAUAAAUAAAUCUCUUUCCGCACUCGGUGAUGUCAUCGGUGCUCUGGCUUCCAAUAAUCAACACAUUCCAUAUAGAAAUCACAAGCUAACAAUGUUGAUGAGUGAUUCACUUGGCGGUAAUGCCAAAACGCUAAUGUUCGUAAACUUAUCUCCUGCCGAGUCGAAUCUGGACGAGACCUACAACUCUUUAACGUAAGCAAUU